GAACCUUCAAGACCAACUCCAGCAAUUUUAUAUCAAAAACCGUAGAGACUGCAAUUUCAUAGUAAGGAUAAGCCUACGCCUCGUAUCCAGUCUUCCAUUCUAAAACCCUAAUAUCCCCCCCGCCUACCGCCACCUCUGCUGUCUCUCAUUUCUUGGCCAUCAGAUAGUAAAUGGCGUCCACCUUUACUGCUAUAUCCUCCGUUGGAUCCUUGGCUGCAGCUAAUGGCUGUGUGAUGGAUAAGAAACUUGCCUUUUCUUCAAACAGGCUAUCAUCUUUUGCCUCCAUUUCCGGAAGCUCAUUUGGUAGGAGGAAGAAUGCAGUUUUACGUAGGCCAUGUACACCUAAGGUUUCUGCCAUGGCCAAGGAGUUGCAUUUCAACACGGAUGGAUCAGCAAUUAAGAAAUUACAAACUGGUGUAAACAAACUUGCAGAUCUAGUUGGGGUUACCCUUGGACCUAAAGGCCGAAACGUUGUUCUUGAGAGCAAGUAUGGCUCUCCCAAAAUCGUUAAUGAUGGUGUGACUGUUGCUAAAGAGGUUGAAUUGGAGGAUCCAGUUGAGAAUAUUGGUGCUAAGUUGGUGAGACAGGCAGCUGCCAAGACUAACGAUCUGGCUGGAGAUGGGACCACAACAUCUGUUGUUCUUGCUCAAGGUCUUAUUGCUGAAGGUGUCAAGGUUGUAGCUGCUGGUGCAAAUCCUGUUCUGAUUACUAGGGGUAUUGAGAAGACCACAAAGGGUCUAGUGAAUGAACUUAAGUCAAUUUCAAAAGAGGUUGAAGACAGCGAGCUUGCAGAUGUAGCAGCUGUUAGUGCUGGGAACAACUAUGAAGUAGGCAACAUGAUUGCUGAAGCCAUGAGUAAAGUGGGUCGUAAGGGUGUGGUAACUCUUGAAGAAGGCAAAAGUGCUGAGAACAGCCUAUAUGUUGUUGAGGGAAUGCAAUUUGAUCGUGGUUAUAUAUCGCCUUAUUUUGUCACGGACAGUGAAAAAAUGGCAGUUGAAUAUGAGAACUGCAAGUUGCUUCUUGUUGAUAAGAAAAUAACAAAUGCAAGGGAUCUGGUUAACAUUCUGGAAGAAGCAAUCAGGGCUGGUUACCCAAUUCUGAUUAUUGCUGAAGACAUUGAGCAAGAAGCUUUGGCAACUCUUGUUGUGAAUAAACUUAGGGGUACUUUGAAGAUUGCUGCUCUCAAAGCUCCUGGUUUUGGAGAGAGGAAGAGUCAGUACCUUGAUGACAUUGCUAUUUUAACUGGAGGAACUGUUAUAAGAGAUGAGGUAGGGCUUGCCUUAGACAAAGCUGGUAAGGAGGUUCUAGGCCAUGCUUCCAAAGUGGUACUUACCAAGGACACUACUACCAUUGUGGGUGAUGGAAGCACCCAAGAAGCAGUGAACAAGAGAGUUGCACAAAUAAAAAAUCUCAUUGAGGCUGCUGAGCAAGACUAUGAGAGGGAAAAACUCAAUGAGAGAAUUGCAAAGUUGUCCGGUGGUGUUGCAGUCAUACAGGUUGGGGCACAAACUGAAACAGAGCUUAAAGAAAAGAAAUUGAGAGUAGAAGAUGCUCUUAAUGCGACAAAGGCAGCUGUGGAGGAAGGUAUUGUGGUUGGUGGUGGAUGCACCCUCCUGAGACUGGCAUCAAAGGUGGAUUCCAUUAAAGACAGCCUUGAAAAUGAUGAAGAAAAGGUGGGGGCAGAUAUUGUGAAGAGGGCUCUCAGCUACCCGCUCAAAUUAAUUGCCAAGAACGCUGGUGUUAAUGGAAGUGUGGUGAGCGAGAAGGUCCUCUCCAGUGACAAUCCGAAAUAUGGAUACAAUGCUGCAACUGGAAACUAUGAAGAUCUAAUGGCUGCUGGGAUAAUUGAUCCAACAAAGGUGGUUAGAUGCUGCCUAGAGCAUGCAUCAUCGGUAGCAAAAACUUUCUUGAUGUCCGAUUGUGUAGUCGUAGAGAUCAAGGAGCCUGAACCGGUGCCUGCUGGCAAUCCCAUGGACAAUUCAGGAUAUGGUUACUAAGGUCAUUGAGCAGCGUGGGGAGUGGGAGCCAAAUAAAGACCAGAGUCCCCGUAGCAGCGACUAUUUAGGUUAUGGGCAAUGAACGAGUUAUUCUUUUGUAAAUUAAUCACCUCAAGUGGGUAGGACUUGCGGGUUCUGGUGAGGAUAGCUUACUGGAGAGCGGCAUGUAUCUUGCAAUUAAUUGCACGAUUGCAAUGAUAAUUGAUUUUGAACCCUUGAGUUUCAAA